CACGUUCCCUCACGUCGAAAAAGCUGAAAUAACAUUCAUUUAGGAAAACAUUGUAAUAACAACGUCCAGUUCAUGCCUUUGAGAUGAACAGACAGGCUUUCCUUUAACUAGUUUUAAAGUCAGAGACAUUAUGAGGCCCCUCAAAGAUGCUGAGUUAGGGGCCUUCACCUUCUUUGCCUCAGCCCUCCCGCAUGAUGUCUGUGGGAGCAAUGGCCUACCUCUGACCCCCAACUCCAUUAAAAUCCUUGGACGUUUCCAAAUCCUCAAGACCAUCACUCACCCCAGACUCUGCCAGUAUGUGGACAUCACCAGAGGAAAGCAUGAACGGCUGAUUGUUGUUGCUGAGCACUUCGAGAGCAGUUUAAGUGAUUUCCAAAAACAGGGGAAAAAAGUCAGCCCGGAGAAGGUGCUGCAGAUUGCCUAUGAGGUCCUUGAAGGUCUGGACUUUAUGAACAAACAUGGUAUGGUGCACAGAGCCCUCACUGCACACAACGUGCUCAUGGACUGCAAGGGGAAUGUCAAGCUGGCAAAGUUUGGCCUUUAUCACAUGACUGAUCAUGGGGCAGAUGUAGAUUUUCCCAUUGGGUACCCAUCAUACCUUGCUCCAGAGGUGAUUGCUCAGGGCUCUUUCCACCCCAGUGACCCUUCCCACGAUGAGGCACCUUUGCCCUCAGGACCCAAAACUGAUGUCUGGUCACUUGGAGUUUUGCUCAUUGAAUUGUGUGCUGGCAGAAGAUUGCUGCACAACAUUGAAAUAAGUGAGAGAUUGAAAUUCAUUCUGACCUUGGGUUGCAUGGAUGACAUUGUCACUGUACUUGCUGAGGAACAUGGUUGCCUGGAUGCCAUUAAGGAUCUGCCUGAGAAUGUUCUUGAGUUAUUAAGGAAAUGCUUGACCUUUCUUCCAUCCAAAAGGCCGACCCCUGCAGAGCUGCUUGGAGACCCCUUGUUCAAUGGGAUCUCGUGCCUCUAUACACCGUUUCAGAAGCCUGUUGGCCUGUUUUCCUCUUCCCUGCGCUGUGCACAUCUGGAACUCCCAGAGGACAUCAGUGAACUCUGCAAAGAUGAUGAUGACGACUACCUGUCAGAGAGAGCCAUAGAUGAGGUGUACCAUUUGUGGUGUCUUGCGGGGGGAGACCUGGAGAAAGAGCUGACCAACAAGGAGAUCAUACAGUCCAAAGCUCCAAUCUGCACAUUGCCAAAAUUUAUUUUGGAGGAUGGAGAGUCAUUUGGCCAGGGCAGGGAUCGCAGUUUCUUGCUUGACGACACUACUGUGACACUGUCUCUGUGCCAACUCAGAAAUAGACUGAAGGAUGUAGCAGGAGAAGCCUACUACCCUCUACUGGAAGACGAACAGUCAAGUCUGCCCCAGUCCAACAGCAGCAAUGAGCUGUCGGCCACCGUCACGCUGCCACUCAUCAUCCGCGAGAGAGACACAGAGUACCAACUCAUCCGCAUCAUCCUCUUUGACAGGCUGCUCAAGGCCUAUCCUUACAAGAAGAACUUAGUGUGGAAAGAGGCUAGAGUCGACAUUCCCCCACUUGUUCGAGGACUGGCAUGGGCAGCACUGCUGGGCAUUGAGGGUGACAUUCAAGCCAAAUAUGAAAGCAUAGACAAGGAUACUCCCAUACCAACUGACAGACAGAUUGAGGUGGAUAUCCCACGCUGCCACCAGUACGAUGAGCUGCUGUCAUCUCCCCAGGGCCACAUCAAAUUCAGGCGUGUGUUGAAAGCCUGGGUGGUCUCACACCCUGACCUGGUCUACUGGCAGGGUUUGGAUUCACUUUGUGCCCCAUUCCUUUACUUGAACUUCAACAAUGAAGCUCUGGCAUAUGCCUGCAUGUCCGCCUUCAUCCCCAAAUACCUGUACAACUUCUUCCUGAAGGACAACUCUCAUGUCAUCCAAGAGUACUUGACUGUCUUCUCCCAAAUGAUUGCCUUCCAUGACCCAGAGCUAAGCAACCACCUAAAUGAGAUUGGCUUCAUCCCAGAUCUUUAUGCCAUUCCAUGGUUCCUGACUAUGUUUACACACGUGUUUCCACUGCACAAGAUCUUCCACCUGUGGGAUACACUUCUGCUGGGCAACUCCUCCUUUCCCUUCUGUAUCGGCGUGGCCAUAUUGCAGCAGCUCAGGGACCGUCUCUUGGCUAAUGGCUUCAAUGAGUGUAUCCUGCUAUUCUCUGACCUGCCAGAAAUUGACAUUGAGCGCUGUGUCCGAGAAUCCAUCAGUCUUUUCUGCUGGACUCCAAAGAGUGCCACAUACAGACAACAUGCUCAACCACCAAAAGCUGUUGGUGACAAUGGCUUUGGGAAAACAGCAACAUGUUACUCAUCUGACUACCAGGACAUGCCCAAAACAGACCUGUCUCGGGAGCCUCUGGCAUUAUGUGACCUGAAAGCAGAAAUAUCACCCAGGAUCUCGGCUGAGGACUUAAUCGACCUCUGUGAACUGUCAUUGGCUGGACUCACCAAAAGGAACAAAGCGGGCAAGCCCAAGAUUGUUGCUGUCGACAUCCGCAGCAUAGAGGACUUCGGCAGAGGCCAUAUCUCUGGCAGCAUCAACAUUCCCUUUAGCACAGCAUUCAGCCCUGACGGUGAGCUGGUGCAGUGUCCUGCAACAGGAAUCUUACAGAACUUUCGAGGACGUGUCAUUGUUGUCAUCAGCCAUGCCAUGAAGAGUGCUGCUAUGUUUGCAGCACAUCUGGUGAAGGUGAACUUCCCACGGGUUUGUAUCCUGGAUGGAGGGAUCAACAAGCUGAAACCCACUGGACUCCUGACGGUCCCCUCUCCUCAGAUCUGACCCCAUACCCCAGUUAUUGGUCAAAUUCAGCUUCACUUUAAGUGGAGUGGAAAAGACUAUAUAUUCUUUUCUUUUUUUUCUUUGAGUGGGAAAAAAUGCUAUCAUUUUAUUUUUUAUUUAUUUUUUCACAGAUCGUAAUUAAAUGGGUGGGGAAAAUUGCUUCAAAAUAAUAGUCUUCUUAACCCUUUUUUUGUAUUUUACCCAAAUAUAGAGCAAUUCGUAAUGCAUUUUAUGUCUCACAACAAAAAUGAUUGAUUUUUUUUCUUUGAAAAACUGCUAUGUGUUAUAGUAGCUUUGCACUGAUAAAUUGAGCCUCCUUUGACCAAUACAAAUAGCUUAAUGUAUGUAGGUUCUGAGCCAAUUGAUCUAGGGAACUGCACUGUAUGCUUUUGUGAGAAAGAUUAAAAAUGACAAAGUGGUUUAUGCAUUUGAUGAUUUAAUUACUAGUAUUUGCAUUAAUCAUUUUUACAUGUCACUGAAUUGUCUGUAUAUUCUACAUAUUUGUUAUGUUAGAAAUUCUAUCAUGUUGUUUCUAUUAAAAAAAAUGUAUCAA